AUGAACGGCGAAGCCGAGUGCCCUGCAGACUUGGAAAUGACAGCUCCCAAAAACCAAGACCGCUGGUCUCAGGAGGACAUGCUGACCCUGCUGGAGUGCAUGAAGAACAACCUGCCCUCCAACGACGGGAGCAAGUUCAAGACCACCGAGUCCCACCUCGACUGGGAGAAGGUGGCUUUCAAAGACUUCUCGGGGGAGAUGUGCAAGAUGAAGUGGAUGGAGAUCUCCAACGAGGUGAGGAAGUUCCGGACCCUAACAGAGCUCAUCAUGGAUGCCGAGGAGCACGUGAAGAAUCCUUACAAGGGCAAAAAGCUCAAGAAACACCCCGACUUCCCCAAGAAGCCCCUGACCCCCUACUUCCGCUUCUUCAUGGAGAAGCGGGCCAAAUACGCCAAGCUUCACCCCGAAAUGAGCAACCUGGAUCUCACCAAGAUCCUCUCCAAGAAAUACAAGGAGCUUCCCGAGAAGAAAAAGAUGAAAUACAUCCAGGACUUCCAGCGGGAGAAGCAGGAGUUUGAGAGGAACCUGGCAAGGUUCAGGGAAGACCACCCGGACCUCAUCCAGAACGCCAAGAAAUCCGACGUCCCCGAGAAGCCCAAGACCCCCCAGCAGCUGUGGUACAACCACGAGAAGAAAAUCUACCUGAAAGUGCGCCCAGAUGCCACCACGAAGGAGGUGAAAGAGUCGCUGGGCAAGCAGUGGUCUCAACUCUCGGAUAAAAAGAGGCUGAAAUGGAUUCAUAAGGCCCUGGAACAGCGGAAGGAGUACGAGGAGAUCAUGCGCGACUACAUCCAGAAGCACCCCGAGCUGAACCUCAGCGAGGAGGGCAUCACCCGCUCCACGCUCACCAAGGCCGAGCGCCAGCUCAAGGACAAGUUCGAUGGACGACCCACCAAGCCUCCUCCGAACAGCUACUCGCUGUACUGCGCAGAGCUGAUGGCCAACAUGAAGGACGUGCCCAGCACCGAGCGGAUGGUGCUGUGCAGCCAGCAGUGGAAGCUGCUCUCCCAGAAGGAGAAGGACGCCUACCACAAAAAGUGCGACCAGAAAAAGAAAGACUACGAGAUCGAGCUGCUCCGCUUCCUGGAGAGCCUGCCCGAGGAGGAGCAGCAGCGGGUGCUGGGCGAGGAGAAGAUGCUGGGCAGCAACCGGAAAGGUGCCACGAGUCCCGCAUCCAAAAAGUCCUCGCCAGAGACCGGCAAGGCCAGCUCGGAGAAGCCCAAGCGGCCCAUCUCGGCCAUGUUCAUCUUCUCGGAGGAGAAGAGGAAGCAGCUGCAGGAGGAGCGGCCGGAGCUGUCGGAGAGCGAGCUGACCCGGCUCCUGGCCCGCAUGUGGAACGACCUCUCGGAGAAGAAGAAGGUCGGUGGUGCCCCCCCAGCCCCGUCCUGGGGACCCCACCUGUCCCCAUCCUGCCACCAGGGGUUUGGCUUGGCCCCCCCCAAGCCGGGGGGGUUGUCCCCCAGGAGUGUCACGGUGCCAGCGCGGUGCCGGGUGCCACGGGCUGUGCCCGCUCCGUGCAGCCUCACGGAUCAAAACCCAGCAGCACUGGAGGGGGUCCUGGAGCCUCAAUCUAAGGGCUGGAAGCUUGGGGGGGGGGGUCCUGAGAUGUCUGAGCAUGGUGGGGGGGGCUGCCGUGGUGGUGCUGGGGAAGGGCGUCCUGUCCUCUCCUGGUGCUUGGUGGGCUUUGUGUCCCCCCAGAGCAGGGAUUUUGCCCCCUGCAAUGGG